AUGAUGAGCAAUCAACCGGUUUCAUCCCACAACAACACUUUACGCGUGGGGAUUUUGGGGGUGUCAAAUGCGGCGCGACGGGCGCUGCGGGUCAUAAAUCGGGCAGGACUUUUGCUAGUGGCCGUGGGAGCGGAUGAUGUGGUCGAGGCGGAGAAGUUUGUUAAUGCUUUUUUGGAGGAUACCAUCGAGCGACAAACGGAGCUCACGGCUGCACAACAACAAAAGCUAGGCGGUUUACCGGUUAGUGAGGCGUCGCAGGAAGAUGAGAAGGUCAAGGCAUGCACAUAUGAAGAGCUGGUUGUUUGCCAUGAGGUGGAUGUCGUGUAUGUGGCGGUUCCCUUGGAGGAACGGGAUUCGUGGGUGAGAAGGUGCAUCCGACAGCGAAAGCACAUUCUUACUUCUAUCCCUGCCGCCCCAUCGGGUGACGUGUUGCAAAAGUGGGUGGAGCUUGCCGCCGUGCAACGACUGUUUCUCACGGACGACGCGGUGCUGAUGCAAGGGACUCGGAUGGGGCGUCUGUGGGAGAUGUUCAGUAGAACGGGCGAUAACAUAGUUGGGCCGCUUCGAGCGAUACGGGUGUGCUGCAGCUGUGGGUGUAAUGACCACUGUGCUAUGGCACAAUGCAAUACGUGCGAUGAUGAGGACUCGCAGUUUGGUGUGCUUGGGAAUUGGGGGUGGAUGGCAGUGGCGGCCGUUCUGCACGGCAUGCGCUACGCAAUGCCAAGCUCGGUGUUGGGCCGCGCGCUGAGGCGCGAUGAAUCGAAGGGGAAUUGUGUAACGGAGUUUUCUGGGGAGCUUCUCUUUACGGAUGCGGGGCCGCAGGAGGUCACGGCAUACAUCUAUGUUGCAGAUGCGGCAUCCUCAUCAGGAGGAGUGGGAGCAGUAGAACAGUCCCUCACGGCGUACGGCACCACCGGCUCUGUGACGCUGCACGAUUUCAUCAUUCCCGUGCCUGAUGAGGACGGCAGUGUCCACCUUACUGUUGCCUCGCAUGAUGCGGUGCAGGGCAAACAACUUUACCGCAUUGUACGCCAUGAGAAGGAAUUGCGUGUAAAUGAGCCGGUGACGUUUGCGGAGCUCCCCUGGCGUCGCCUGCGGGAUGCGCUUUCGCCCAACCCCCAUGCUGGGGCCUCUCGAUUGGCGUCGCGAUUCCUUGCAGACACGGAGGAGGCAACAGAAUGCAUGAGACGCUCAUGGUCGAUACAGGUGGUGGUCGAUGCAAUGCUUGAGGCCACGACGAUCUCCACGAAAAUAACGAAGAAAGACGAGGAGCGGGGGAGGGGAGAGGAUGGCAACACGACGAAAAAGGCGUGA